CCGGACCUCACCUCACCCCCCACCCCGCUGUGAGAUAUUGGCGGGGGCGGGGGGUGUCGGUGUGUGUUUUCAUUGAAUACUCUCUCCAUCUGGAUUCAUUAACUGAAUGAUUCCUGGUGGCUGUUGCGCCAAACUCUGCAACGUGUAAUAUCACGGAGGGUUCCUUUCAUGUGGAAAGAAUGCUGAAUGACCUCGAUUGCACUGAAUGUGUCAAAAUUGCAAAAGGCAUUUGCUUGUCUUCGGGUGAACACUCAGCGAUAGUGUGUUUACUUCCAGAUUGUCAAUGGCUGCGUUGUGAGGGGAUUGUCGUGCACCAUUCUGGAAGGUUUGCUGCAUCUGUCCAGGGAACAGUUGCAGUCGUUACAGCAGAUGGAAGAAUGAUUGUGGGAACCCUAAAAGGAUUUGACCAAACCAUCAACCUAAUUUUGGAUGAAAGUCAUGAGCGCGUAUUUAGUUCACAACAAGGCGUGGAACAAGUAGUACUUGGCUUGUACAUAGUAAGAGGAGACAAUGUAGCAGUGAUUGGUGAAAUAGAUGAAGAAACAGAUUCUGCAUUGGAUUUGGGAAACAUCAGAGCUGAACCUUUAAAUUCUGUGGUACACUGAAAGACUUAAGAACUGUGUGAAUGCAUGGCUGACAUUGGGAAGAUUAGAAAACUGAUACGUUCACAAUAGCUCAUGUCGGCAGUUUGAUGUUUGAAGAAAGCAAAUAUUUCGUAUUUGAAUAUUUUUAUGUAUUUGUAGUUUUGAAUAUUUACAUAUUUCUUAAAACUUGAUUGUAUUGAGUAUUUGAUGACAAAAAAUAAACUUGAAAUAUUAAGCUAAA